AUGACGUAUCAGCGAAAACGUCGAUGCUGUCGCCUUGAUCAACACCGACUUUAUCGACUUUUCUAUUCACUCACCUUUUGCGCCACAAACCUGCUCCUUCCUCCUUCGAAACGCAAGACGGGACUUUCCGCCAACCUACCAUCCACUGCCAUGAUCGUUGGAUGGCACGGCAUCUUAAAUCCGGGGGUAUACAAGAUCAGCGCAAGAGUAUACACUCGUAUUCAAUAUUGUUCAGACUAUCGCAACGCCGACUUCUGCAAGCUUUCAAGCAUCGAACUCAUCCGUUUGGGAAUUCGCGCCUGCAUACUCUUCGUCACAAAUCAACGCAACCUGUUUGGAGCGACGCGUCUAUUCGCAGAAGCUUUGUUGCAACAAACGCCAUUGUCUGAGACCUUUUUUGGAACAGGCGUCACCAAGCCGCGACAAAGCCGUUAUGGCAAGCCGAUUCUUGGUUUGAACGGCAAAGAUCAAUCAAAAGGAGCGACGAGUGUAAUGCGUAUGCACACUUCAAUUUUCCUGGCCUCUGCCACAAUCACCAUGUCUAGGAAAUCUGGCAUCCCCGUACCAGGGCCACGAAAAUCUGGUGGUUCAGGUAGAUCAACCCCGAGCAAUGCUUCUUUGGCAGGCAGCAGGCGAUCCAGUACUACUCUGAAAACGCCGAUGCCGAACAGAUCUUCGCUGCCCAUUUCGUCCAGGACGCCAGCCUCGAUGGCCCCCAAUCCGACCAGGCCAUCUAAAGACAGCCGCCUCUCGCAGAGCCCUGCUAUCAGAUUACAGCCUCCCACCAAAAGCUCCAAACCAAAGCCCAGCUCCAUGAGUAAGAGCAAGUCCCCUGCCAUUCAGAAUAAGAAUCACAGGCACAGUCAAGCCGCGGUUUCCACACCUAUCAACAAGUUUCCUCCAAUCCCGAAUUCGCAGCCAAAGACACCGAAUGCACCACCAAAGCAACUCCAAACCCCAAACUCCCCUCCCCCCACUCCAUCUCCCUUCAUCAGCGUCCAAGUAGCCGAACCCUGCAUCCAAGGCGCCCUAACCCACCGCCUCCAACCCUGCGGCCACAAAAUCCUCACGCACACCCCAACCCCCUGCGGGAAAAACUGUGCGCGAGACUUCAAAGCCGAACUUUCAAGAUUCGCCCUCCGAAAAAUCACGACGCAGAAAUUCGUGUGUGCGGCUUGCGUACAUAUCCAUCUGAGACGUUAUCGGGAGGGGAGAGAGGAAGCGACGAAAUCGGGGUUGGAGGCGAGUCAGGCGACAAUGGGGGAUUUGAUUUCCGAGGAGUGGGUGCGGGAGAGGGAGAGGUAUGAGGAGAGUGUGUUGAGGAAUGAUUUGGAAAGGUUGAGGAAGAGGUUGGAGGUGUUGGGGAGGGAGUGUUGGAUGAUUCCCGGGGAGCCGGUGUUUGAGGAAGUGAAGGAGGAGGAGGGGGAAGGGGAACUGGGGAGAAAGAUUUUAUUUCAGAGUUCGAAACCUGCUCGGUCUGCUGGGGAAGGUGAAGAUGAAGCAGUAGUGGGUUCUGGAGGUGUGGGGUGCUAG